AUGGGUCGGAAUGGCUUCAUGGGAAGCUUCCAGGGCUUGGAUGCCUUUGGCAAGACCAUGGAAGAUGUCCGAAUUAGGACACUGACUCUUAUCUCGUUCUCGAUCAUCCUCACGUCGAUCAUGCUGGAAUGGGUGGACUACCGUCGCGUCCUGAUUGAGCCUUCUAUUGAGGUCGACCGUUCGCGUGGCGAGAAGCUUGUUAUUGACAUGGACGUCACGUUCCCUCGCGUCCCUUGUUUCCUGCUCUCUCUUGACGUGAUGGACAUCUCCGGCGUGAGGCAAAACGACAUUUCGCACAACAUUAUCAAGACCCGCUUGAACAGCCAGGGUGUGGAGAUUGAGAAGACCAAGGCUGGCCAGCUCAAGGGUGACGCCGACCGCGCGGCGCAGGCCAACGACCCCACCUACUGUGGUUCGUGUUACGGCGCCACCCCUCCCGAGAACGGAUGCUGCAACACUUGCGAGGAGGUGCGCCAGGCGUACAUUCGCAAGGGUUGGUCGUUCUCGGACCCCAACGGUAUCGAGCAGUGUAUCGAGGAGCACUGGACCGAGAAGAUGGAGCAGCAGAACGCCGAGGGUUGCCGCAUCUCCGGCAAGGUCAAGGUCAACAAGGUUAUCGGCAACCUCCAGUUCUCGCACGGCUCGACGUUCAUGCGCCAGGGCAUGAGCAUCCAGGAGCUUGUUCCUUACCUCAAGGACAGCAGCUCUCACCACGACUUUGGCCACGUGAUCCACAAGUUUGCCUUUGGCGCCGACCUCACCCCGGAGCAGGAGGCCGCCAACGAGAAGAAGGAGCUCGAGACCCGUGCGCGUCUCGACAUCUAUGACCCCCUCACCAACGUCGCUGCCCACAGCACCGACGAGGAGGACUCUACAAACUACAUGUUCCAGUACUUUGUCAAGGUCGUCUCCACCUCGUUUGUCUACCUUAACGGUGCCGAGAUCCCGUCGCACCAGUACUCUGUUACUCGCUACGAGCGUGACCUCCGUACCGGCAACCUCCCUACUCGCGACGACCACGGACACGUUACUACCCACCACACGAACCCUAUUCCGGGUCUGUUUAUCAACUACGAGAUCUCGCCGAUGAAGGUGAUCCACACCGAGACGCGCCAGUCGUUUGCCCACUUUGUCACUAGCACGUGUGCCAUUAUUGGUGGUGUCCUCACCGUCGCGUCGCUUCUUGACUCUAUGAUCUUCACCGGCCGAAAGGUGAUCAAGGGCAAGAACGAGUACGACAGCUUUGGGGCUGCCACUGGAAAGAUGAUGUAG